GAGUACUACUCUCUUCAUUGUGAUCAUGUUAGUAGUUUUAGUGUUGAGCUGUUGUGUCAAGUUCCAUUUCUAAAUUAUUAUUAUUUAUGAAAUAUAAUAAAAUACUUGGGUAAACCUUUUGUCUGCAACCGAGAAAGAUGACGACAGUUAAAGGAAACAUGACAGCAGAGAGCUUUCCUGAGUGGUUAACUGGCGAUUUCCUUCAAUCCUGCCUCGAGUCCGACAAAGAGAACUUUGGUGGGAUUACUGUCACAAGUCACGAGCUCGAGUGUGCCGUCGCCCCUGGGAACAACUACGGGAGUAAUAUAAUCAGGGCUAAUAUCCGGUAUAAGAAACCCAAUGAGCAAACUACUGAACAUUCAAUAUCUUUAAUCUUAAAAGCACCUCUGUCUGGAGAUUUGGUUGUAGUGCAAAAGAUGGGAGAUGUCUUGCACCAACUGUAUCGCAAUGAGAUAAAGUACUAUUGUGAGUUUAUCUCUGAAACUUACAAGCUUCUUAAACAUGACGUAGUCCCUAAACAUUACAAAUCUCCAAAUUCAUUAUGUUUGGUAGUGGAAGAUCUUAGUGUAUCGGGGUUUAAAAUGGUUGAUCGUCGCAAACUGCUUGAUUUCGACCACUGCAAACUUUUCACAGAGGCUUCAGCUAAGCUUCACGCUCUUGGAAUUGCUGUGCACAGAAUUAAUCCUGAAUUGAUUGAAAGUUUUGGUACGGAGAGUGUAGUAGUAAAUGAAACAUUAAAAAUGUCUAUGCCUAAUUCUCUUGUUUGUAUGGCUGCUUAUUUGGAAGAUAAACCGGACUACAAAAAACAGUAUCAAGUCAUCAGAGAAGCCAGCGAGAAUGAUGUAUUUUGGACUAUUUAUAAGAAUAUGUUGGACGAUUGCAAAUCGAAAGCUCUUAGAACUAUAACACAGGAUGAUCCUUGGUGCACGAACAUGAUGUUUAGAUAUGACGACUCGGGAAGAGCUGCUGGAAUAAAAAUCCUGGAUUUCCAGUGCAUCAAACUGAACUACCCACUACUCGAGUUUGUUAUGUUCUUGGUAUCAGCAGCCAACAUGGAAGUACGUGAACAUAGGUUAAACGACCUGUACAAAAUCUACUGUGACUCACUGAAUGGCAAUCUCGCAGAACUAGGAUGUCCUGAAAAGUUGUCUAUAGAAGAGUUGGAAACAGAAAUCGCUCAUCUCAGUCCAAUAACGCUCCUUUGGGUUUGCGGUUUGCCAAUAACUUUAACUGAGUCUGCUGCGGAGAUGGAAGAAUAUAUAAGCGUCAGAUUCUCAUUUGAAUCAGUCAAGGAUAGCCGCUUCUACAAAACUACUUACACUGGCCUUUAUUUUGACAUGUAUUAUCCACAGAUUCUUGAUGUGUACGACAAGCUAGGUGUUUACGAUUAUAUAUCGGAAAAAGUUAGGGAGAUAAAAUCUAAAGUGUAACAUACUUUUCUAGGUUACUUUGCUUUAUUUGUAUUUUAAAUAUCUAUUGGCCUCUCGUAAAUUGUAAUGUACUUCUACAAAUCUAUACACACACAUAUCUAUACGUGUUCUUCUUUUGUAUGCUCUUUCUUUUAAUUUACAGAAAUAUAGUGUUAGCAAAUGCCUUAUAAUUUUUGUUAAAUAUUAUGAAGUAAAUAUAUAAAAAUAAAAGCAUUUUUUAUACUCCUGUUUUAAAAACUAUUCAUAUUAAUGUUCCCUGCGUAGGAGAAUUAUUGUCAUAUCCCAGUAAACUAAUUGAUUUAUGCAGUGAAAAUAUCCAAAUGUUGAGCUGAGCGCACUUAGUAGACCUGACCAUAACAAGUCAACUGAUUGAAUUUUUACGAGAUUGAAGAAGCAGGUAUUUCGAUAUUAAACAUAUGAAUAAAUUAUU